GUGCCCCCCGGUGCCGGUGCCCCCCCCCCGCAGCCCGGCGCUGCGGCGGGCACUACCGGCGGGCACUCCCGGGCUGCGUUGGCGCACGGCGGCGGCGGCGGCAGCUCGUUCCCGGGCAGCACAGAGGGACCCCCCCAAAACCGGGCCAGGUGCCUGCCCCGCUGCAGAGCUCACCCCCCCCGAACAGCCGGCGUGUCCCAGCAGCAUGGGGAAGCAGAACAGCAAACUGCGCCCCGAGAUGCUCCAGGACCUGCGGGAAAACACCGAGUUCUCCGACCUGGAGCUGCAGGGCUGGUACAAGGGCUUCCUGAAGGACUGUCCCUCCGGCAUCCUCAACGUGGAGGAGUUCAAGAAGAUCUACGCCAACUUCUUCCCCUACGGCGACGCCUCCAAGUUCGCUGAGCACGUCUUCCGCACCUUCGACACCAACGGCGACGGCACCAUCGACUUCCGAGAGUUCAUCAUCGCCCUGAGCGUCACCUCUCGCGGGAAGCUGGAGCAGAAGCUCAUGUGGGCCUUCAGCAUGUACGACCUGGAUGGCAACGGCUACAUCAGCCGGGAGGAGAUGCUGGAGAUUGUGCAGGCCAUCUACAAAAUGGUCUCCUCUGUGAUGAACAUGCCCGAAGAUGAAUCAACUCCGGAGAAAAGAACGGAAAAAAUCUUCCGACAGAUGGAUACUAAUAACGACGGCAAGCUCUCGCUGGAGGAGUUCAUCAAAGGUGCCAAGAGCGACCCGUCCAUCGUGCGCCUGCUGCAGUGUGACCCCAGCGGCGCCGCGCAGCUCUGAGCCCUGCCGACCCCCCGCAGCCCCCCACGGACCCCCCACCAUCACCCCACCCUGCAGCCGGCCACUGCUGCUGUCCCCUGCCCCGCGGUCCCCACCACCGUGUCCCCACGGCCCCUCCUGGGGAGAGAGCUGGAGCCCAGCUGAGGCUGCGACAAAGGGGAGCCCGGGGGGAUGGUCCCCAUUGCUGGGGGGCUCCUGCCCUGGCUCAAUUCGGGGAGAAAAGGAGGCAGGGUCUGCCCGAGAGAGGACGGUCCCCCCCAGCACUGGGGGCUUGGAUCAGGGGGACAACCCAGCCCAGUGGGAAAGGCUGGUGGCAUCGCCAGUGGGAGCAGGGACACGGCCCAGGGGACAAGGACCCGGUGGCUCGGGGGCCCCCCAGCACCCCCCCAGCAUGCACACACUGCCACAGCCGGGGGGCCGGGCCAGCCCCUUCCCCACAGCGCCACGGGCAGGGGCCGCGGGGCGGGGACACGCUUCUGGUCUUUUAAUACCUGCAGAAUAAAGUUUGUGUCAGUGCAGUCA